AUGGUCAGUCUCCGAACAAUAGCAGCCCUCAAAGCCCAACUCCUCCCCGCUCUCAAACCCUUAUCAGCCGAUCUCCCCUUCCCGCCGUCCUCAGCGGCCGAUAUAAAGCUCUUUGAAGAGCGCACUGUGGAGGGUGCAGAGGGAAUGCGGGAUCUGGAGGAUGAUGAGGCGGGAUCAGGGGGGAGUAUACAGAGCCUGGGGUGGAAGAGGUGGAAGAGGGUGUUUGUGAGCUUUAAGGGCGAGAAUGGACUCUUUGAGGAGCCGGUAUAUACGAUACCUGACGUAGACGACGAGAUGCCAGAGGGAGCGGAGGGUAUGUGA